AUGGUAGAAGGAGGUGUCACAAUUGUCAAAUAUCUAUUAUUUCUGGCAAAUUUGGUGCUAUGGGUUGGUUAAAAUCUGAAUUUGUAUUUUUCUUGAUGAUGUUUUUUCCAGGUUGGCGGUUUGGGUCUAAUAAUUUUUGGAUCAAUUUUAAAACUAAAAUACAGUAAUGCACUCAAUCUAUUUGGCGAUGAAAAGUAAUUCAAAUUUAAUAAUAAUAAUAAAUUUCUUAACUUUACUUUUGCAGACUUUCAACGCCGAUAUUAUUUUUAAUAAUUGGUGCAUUGUGCACAAUGUUAGGAUUUUUAGGAUGUUGUGGAGCAAUUCGAGAAAAUUAUUGUUUAACAGUUUCAUUCGCAGUUUUAUUAGCAUUACUCAUUGUAAGUUUGUAUUCAAAAUUUAUGUUGGUUUUUUGGUUUCAAGAAAACAAAAACAUUUGGGGAAUUUAUUUCAGACCUGCGAAAUUGCAGCAGUUAUAAUUGGAUAUGCGUUAAAUGACACAUUCCACACAGAAUUAUCAGGAUCACUGGAAAAUGGGCUGAAAUAUUAUAAUUCGGAAAAUUAUGGAGUCAAAAGGGCAUGGGAUUCUACACAAAAAGUUGGUUUUUUUCUGAAAAAAAAUCUGAAAUUCUAAUAAUUUUUCAGUUUUUCCAAUGUUGUGGAAUUGUGAAUUCGACAGAUUGGAUUCCGUAUGGAAAUAUUCCCGAAUCAUGUUGCACAAAUUAUUACGAAGGUUGUAUUAGCUCAAAUGUUCCAGUUUAUUCAAAAGGAUGUAUUGAAAAUGUUCAAGGUAUAAUUGAAAUCAAAAUAUUAUAAUUUUGAUAACCCUCUCUUUUUUCCAGCAUGGACAAUAACAAAUGGCCAAUUAGUUGGUGGAAUUUGUGCAAUUUUAGCCGCUGUUCAACUGAUCGGAGUUUGUUUUGCUUGUUGUCUUUCAAAAAGUAUUCUCAAAGAUUUUCAUGAUUUUUAUUAUUGA